UCGCCUCCUAUCAGCUAUCGUCGUGCUCCAGCUAGUGCCAUUCCUCUCCUCCAGCCUCGUAUCACGUUGCCCCCUUUCUUCUCCUCGGCAGCCGAACAUUUUCUCCUUUGCCCCAGUGACGCGGCCAGAUCUCCAAACAUUAAUAUUGUGAUCGCUUUUUACCCCAAGGUCGAUCCAGCAUGUACCGUCCGUGCAUACCAAAGUCGGCUGUUUUUUUUUUACGGGUCCAAAAUCUAUCAUGACGCGCUUUGCAUGCGUCCGCGCGCCAAACCGUGCGAAAAAUGUCACCGAUCGAAGAACCACCGUGCCGUCAGUACCUAGGUAGCGUUGCCUGCCUGAUGUCUCGGGCAGUGCGAGAAUAGUAAGAAAAUCCGUCGGGCACGACAUGAAAGCACAACAGCACAGCCCGCACACCCAGCCUCCAACAAAGCGGAACCACGAAAACUGAUGGCCGCUAAGCCGAGAUUAAGUUUCCGUCACCAUACCGAGUCUUCUCCAGUGGUCCAAAAGUACAUACCCGCCACGCACAAGGACAUCGUUGCCACAUCAGUUCAACUGCUAGUGUCGAAACUUCCGGGUACUUCACUAAACCGGCGACCGUCCAGAGUUGCUGCUAGAACACUCAAGAUUCGAGACCGAUCUGGUCAUACCAGCCAAGUAGCGUCAAGCAAUAUCUGA